AUGAUACCACGCACACUGCAAAGACUAUCGUGCCUUGCUAGUCGCUGUAGACCAGUUUUGAAUCCUCGCCAUACUGUGUCGACCCGCUCAUUAUGCCAAUUUACUACACCCAAGCGACUGUUGACAUCCAAUGCCGUUUCAUCCAUGCAAUGGCCUCAAAAGGCCAAGGUGCUCUCUCGUUUGACAUGCAGCAGAGCUAGUUUGAGACACAAGUUCAUGUCGUCCAUGGCGGCAUCUGCUCACAACACGGUGUCUUCAUCCACCAAAGCCGUCGUUACACACACUAAGCCCAUUGUCGCUUAUUGGCUUUAUUUCAAUGCUGGCAUGGUGUUUGCUAUUGUUGUUGUAGGCGGUUUAACUCGUCUCACUGAGUCUGGUUUAUCGAUUGUUGAAUGGAACGUCAUCUCUGGCAUGAAACCACCAAGGUCUGAACAGGAAUGGAAAGAUGAGUUUGAGAAAUACAAACAAUAUCCAGAAUACAAGCUGUAG